ACUAACCCCAUGGGCCGACCAUCAGUCCUGUUUCCCCAUGUCGAUUGUUUCCCCCCUCCCCCUCCAAGGGCCUAAAAGAUCCUACGAGGUAACGUUGCGGGUAAUAGGCUGCGCUGCUGCGUGUCAGCGGCCAACUGCCGGGGCUUUGGGUAAAAUGCGAUAUUAGUUCCCAUGAUUCAGCCUGUGUAUUGGCACAUGCAAUUGUACAAAAGGUCUAUUGUUUUUCUUGUAAACAUGUAGCUAAAGUUCUUCUCAACGCCGAAAUCGCGAACUCUGGUCUCCUCCUCCCUUCGCUCCAAGAAAAGUUAUCUCGUUCGAUCAGUAAUCAUCAUCCAUCAUGGGCGGUGGUGCUGGCGGUCCGGCCGCCUUCAAUGAGGCAUUGCAAAGGCGCCAGGCGCUUAUGGGCGAUAGCGGUGCCCGAGCCCUCGUCAAGAAUUGGAAGGUUGCACGAAUUGCUGCGUUUGCUUGCAUUGGCGGUGUCCUCUAUGGAUAUAAUCAGGGCAUGUUUUCGGGCAUUCUGGCCAUGCCUGCCUUUGGGAAACAGACGGAUGGAUACAUUGAUAACCCAACGCAGAAGGGAUGGUUGACUUCCAUUCUCGAAUUAGGCGCAUGGCUUGGUGCCAUCCUCUCGGGCUUCAUUGCCGAAGUGUGCUCUCGUAAAUACGGUGUCUUGAUUGCGACGGGAGUGUUCAUUAUUGGUGUUGUGGUCCAGACUACGUCAAUUGCUGGUGGUCACAAUGAGAUUCUCGCAGGACGAUUCAUCACGGGUAUGGGAGUAGGAAGUCUUUCCAUGAUUGUUCCUCUCUACAAUUCCGAAUGUGCUCCUCCGGAAGUUCGUGGAGCCCUUGUUGCCUUGCAACAGCUUGCUAUUACCUUCGGUAUCAUGGUCAGCUUUUGGAUCAAUUACGGCACAAACUACAUUGGCGGAACGACUCUCGAAACGCAGUCGAACGCAGCCUGGCUCGUCCCCAUUUGCCUGCAACUUGUACCCGCUACAUGCUUGUUCGUCGGUAUGAUUUGGAUGCCUUUCUCUCCACGUUGGCUCGUUCAUCAUGGGCGUGAAGAGGAUGCGCGUGCAGUGCUCUCGAACUUGCGAAGCCUUCCCCCGGACCACGAGCUCAUUCAGCUUGAGUUUCUCGAGAUCAAAGCCCAAUCCCUAUUCGAGAAACGCAGCGUCGCCGAACAUUUCCCCCAUCUGAGCGAGCAAACGGCUUGGAACACAUUCAAGUUGCAAUUCGUCGCAAUUGCCGCUCUUUUCAAGACUAAGGCUAUGUUUAGACGUGUCAUUGUGGCUACGGUCACUAUGUUCUUCCAGCAAUGGACGGGUAUCAAUGCGGUUCUCUACUACGCGCCACAGAUCUUUAACCAGCUGGGACUUUCCUCGAAUACGAUUUCUCUCCUAGCUACUGGUGUCGUUGGUAUCGUCAUGUUCAUCUUCACAAUCCCAGCCGUUCUCUGGAUUGACAGAGUCGGCCGCAAGCCCGUCCUGACCAUCGGCGCAAUUGGCAUGGGAACCUGCCACAUCAUCAUUGCCAUCAUUCUCGCCUUGAACAUCGAUCGAUUCCAUGAGAACCCCGGUGCAGGUUGGGCUGCCGUCGCCAUGGUUUGGCUCUUCGUCAUCCACUUCGGAUACUCCUGGGGCCCCGCCGCCUGGAUCAUCAUCGCCGAAAUCUGGCCCCUCUCCACGCGCCCAUACGGCGUCGCCCUCGGCGCCUCGUCGAACUGGAUGAACAACUUCAUCGUCGGCCAAGUCACCCCUGAGCUCCUCGAGAGCAUCACCUACGGCACCUACAUCCUCUUCGGGCUCCUCACGUUCAUCGGCGCCGGCUUUAUCUGGUUCUUCGUUCCCGAGACAAAGCGUGUGUCGCUCGAGGAGAUGGACGUCAUUUUCGGCUCGGAGGGCGCUGCCCAGGCGGAUACGGACCGCAUGAAUGAGAUUAAUAAUGAGAUUGGGCUCACGGCUAUUCUUAAUAGUGCUCAUCCUGCUGAGGAGGUGUACCUGGCGAAGGAGAAGAAUGAGGUUGAGAGGGUUUGAUCGCGGGAGUUAGUGGGGGAGUGGACUUCACACGGUUCAAGGUUACAACUGAGGUAGAAUGGGGGG